ACCGUCGUGGCUCGAGGUUCAGGAGAUGUGCAAUUGUAACGAUCAACAACUUUCAAUUUAGAAAUACGAGAUGCAGAUAUGACAACUCUACGCCCCAGAGCACCGUACUCAGAUGAGGAACUUGCAAAGCUCUACCCGAGCUCCUUGAAGCUUCAACAGGUCCAGGUCCUAUUACGCCAUGGCGAACGAAGCCCAGUCUCCGCCCGCUUCCAAAACGCGGGCCUUGCGCCUUUCUGGCCAUAUUGCUCGGUAGCGCGACAGUUGCUGAAUGCAACAUUGAAUAGCCAAAACUCCCAAUGGGGAACCUUGGAAUGGAAACGCCGCCUCGAGACAUUUGGGCCCGAGGACAACCCCGUCAUAGCUUCCGGGCCAGACGGGGAAGUUGAAACCAUUUGCAACCUAGGAGAGCUGACCGACACUGGGAGGAGAACAACUCAUGCUCUUGGAAAGCGCCUACGGCAUCUGUAUGUGGACCAAUUGAAUUUCAUGCCCUCCACUAUAAGCAAUGGGGAUAUGAUAUAUCUCCGCGCUACUCCGAUACCUCGUGCCUUGGAGUCUAUGCAAGAAGCGUUCUGGGGUUUAUACCCAUCAGACACACGCUCUGCAUCCUUUCCUCCUCCGACAAUCAUAACGAGAAAUCCGUCAGAUGAAACCCUUUUUCCGAACGAUGGGAACUGCAGACGAUUUUCCAUGCUCUCGCGAGCCUUCGCGCAACGCACAGCCGAUCGUUGGAACGAUACAACUGAAAUGGCAUACUUGACGAAGAAGAUCGGAAAGUGGAUGCCGGAUCCAAGCAAAGGUGUAGCAGUGGAUUCACGCCCGAGGCUCUCUGGAAUCAUGGAUACCAUAAACUCAACCCUUGCCCAUGGCCCGGAGACGCGUUUACCGAAAGAGUUCUACGAUGACAAGGGAAGAGAAAUUAUAGAGAAAAUAGGGGUAGAAGAAUGGUUUAGUGGAUAUAAGGAGUCCCAGGAGUAUCGUGCUCUUGGGAUUGGCGGGCUAAUGGGCGACAUCUGUCAACGAAUGGUUGGCCAUAUUGAGAGGAACGGCAACAGUGAUGGGGCAAGUAAUGGCCCAAUUACCAAGGGAACAGAUGGUGAACAAGAUAUUAAACUCGGCUUGAGCGGUUGCCACGACACUACUCUUGCGGCUAUUCUUACGAGCUUGGGUGCGUUUGAUGGCGAGAAAUGGCCUCCUUAUACGAGUCAUGUUGCCCUCGAGCUAUUCAAGAAAGAAGAUCAGCCAGGUCGCCAAGUACUUUCGAAGGAUCAGGUUGCGCCAAACACUGCACAGUCGGUCUUGCCAAAGUCCGAAAAACAAAGCUGGUUUGGUUGGUUUUCGAAGGCAGCCGCGAACCAGAACAAUGCACCGACCGGGAUCUCCAGGAAGAGGAUCGAAGAGCUUAAUGAUACCGAGAAAGAGAAGUUGGAUGGCUACUACGUCCGAAUUAGGUAUAACGAUAAGCCUAUGUACAUUCCCGGCUGUGCACUACCUGGGAACCAUUUGGACGGAGAUGAGAGCUUCUGCACUCUGGCAACAUUCAAGGCCAUUGUCGACAAGUUCACUCCAAAACAUUGGAAAGAAGAUUGCAGGAGCAACCUCGACGCCCCUUCGUUUCCAAAGGCAACAGAGGCUGCUGGCUUUUAGAGUGCAAGGAUAAUAUCUAUAUAGAAUAUAUACAUAUAGAGGCGGCUUCAUUUUAAACUAGAAUCAAGAACAACUGUAUCUGUAUCUAGAAAGGCCCUCAUAAGAAAUGGCAUUGCACAGCAUUCUACUGCCAUCGUUCCUCUGUCCCGCACUUUUACCAG